AUGGACAUCGAUACUGUCGAAGAACAGCCAUUCAAUCUGCCUUCUCUUCCAUCCAGCAGGAGGCCCAUCAUCGCGCCCGUCGACGACGCCCACCCAUUUGAUCUCGAGGGCUACAUUGCCAACUACACAGGGCGUACCGCCAUUGAAAGGCUGAUCCACAUAGUGGUAACAUGCCCUUCAAUCGCUCCAGAGGCCUAUCAACUGGCCGUACAGCAUAUUCAUCAGUCUCGAGAUCCCUCGCUAUAUCAAAGCCUUUUAUCUGCGUAUGAACAGGCGGGAGCCAAUGCUGGUGUGCAACUACCGAGUCCCUACGACUUGGCUCAGCUGGAUACGAAAUGGAUGGACGAGACGAUCGCGAAGAACGCAGCGGAUAAGAGCAAAUUGGAGGUCGAGCUGAAGACGUACACGAACAAUAUGAUCAAGGAGAGCAUUCGGAUGGCGCAAAGAGACCUUGGGGACUUCUAUAGGGAAACGGGAGACUAUGCUGCGUCUUUGAGGCACUACACGAAAUCGCGAGAGUUUUGCACAACGAGCCAGCAUGUACUGGACAUGUGUCUGUCGAUUCUCGAGCUUCUGAUCGAACAACGCAACUACUCUCACCUCACCACCUACGUCUUCAAAGCCGACGCAGCCCUCGACGCCGCGAAGGCCGCCGCCAAUGCCAACAACACCUCCGCAACAGCCCCUGUCCAAUCCCGAAAGAAAACUUCCUCCGAUCGUGAAGACGUCCAGUCCAAACUCGACUUUGCCACUGCUCUAAGCCACUUGGGACAGGGCAACUACGAGAAAGCAGCACACCACCUCCUCAAAGUCGGUUCGCAUAAGAAUUUGGGCGAUUGGGUUGGGAAGCUUGUGGCUCCGGGUGAUAUUACGAUUUACACGACGCUGUGUGCGCUGGCCACCUUUCCCAGAGGAUCGAUCAAGACGAAGCUGUUGGAGAAUUCCGAUUUUAGCCUCUACAUUGAGCAGGAGCCGUACAUCCGGGACCUCAUUCAGGCUUAUCUUAACAGCAACUUCAGAACUGUCCUCGAGCUGCUUUCAAGAUACUCCACACGACACUACGUCGACAUCCACCUGGCACCCCACGUCCACGAUCUCACCAACCUCAUCCGAAACUGGGCAGUCGUUUUGUACUUCCAACCAUUCGCAACCAUUCGGCUUGAUAGGAUGAGCGCUGCGUUCGGAUGGUCCGUGGAAGAGGUUGAGCAGCAAGUUGUUCAACUCAUUCAAUCUGGACAUAUCCAGGGACGAGUGGAUAGCCAGAACAAGAUCCUCCAAGCCAAGAAGACCGAUCCAAGAGCAGAACUGUUCGCCAGGGCUACCAAGGCCGGAAAUGACAUCCAAGCCGCGAAUCGUAAACUCUUGCUACGAAUGAGAUUGUGA